UCUCCAAAGAUAAUCUUAAUUAGAAACACUCCCAUGUGUUUUGACUCAGCAAGAUGUUAAUAUGUCAGUGGGAUUUGUGUAUGCUGCUUCCUCUGUUCUAAGUAAGACUGGAGCAGUCCAGCUGGUUUUCAGCACUGCCCUGUUAGGAAUCUUGCAUAGGCAAAAUUAAGUGUAAACAUUAGAACAUGCUGGAUUUGUGUCUGCCAUUACUUUCUGGUGAAAUGCACGCUCAUUAACAACGACAACCAUCAUAACGCCUGUGUUUAUACUUUCAAAAUGUAUGGAUGUUUCACCUAACACUUUUUAAAAACAGGGUUCUGCACUGAUAAAUUGAGGACCCAGCAGCGUCCUCUACUUUGGAGGUGGCAUCGGAUCCUAAAGGAGAGAGCGUGGCCAUGAACUACAAGCCCUCCCCACUGCAAGUCCAGAUAGAGAAACAGAGGGACCUUGCCAGGAAGGCUUCGGUGAAGAAUGGCACUGUGGGAAGUCCUGUCAAUCAGCAACCCAAGAAAAACGCCAGGACAAGGUUGGUCGUGCCAAACAAAGGUUACUCCUCUUUAGACCAGAGCCCGGAUGAGAAGCCUCUGGUUGCGCUGGACACUGACAGUGAUGAUGACUUCGACAUGUCCAGAUACUCUUCAUCAGGAUACUCCUCAGCCGAGGUGAGAUGUCUGAGGGACCAGCAAAUUAACCAAGACCUAAACAUCCAGCUCCUGAAGGACGGCUACCGGCUUGACGAGAUCCCAGACGACGAGGACCUGGAUCUGAUCCCCCCUAAAGCAGUCAACCCCACCUGCAUGUGCUGCCAGGCCGCUCCCUCCACAGCCUGUCAGAUCCAGUAGCUGCCCCACUCCUCCUUCAUCCCUAAAUGUUCUUUUUUGCCAGCUGCUGAACAGAAUGGCAUCGAGGAGGGAAAAAAACAACAACAACUGUCGACUUGAAAAACAGGCAAAGGCAAAACUAAUAGAAUGGGGGCGGAGGAAACUGAAUAUGUACAGUACCUGUGCAUGUUCCUCCUAUGGCAGGAUCUGUGUGUCUUACGUCUGCGAUGUUGGUUCAGCGGGGAUGGAUUCAACUCAUGGCAGAGACCUUACCUCGAAGAAAACAAUGCUACUUUUGUUUCUCCUUUGUUCGAGUUGUAGCUCUUGCUUGGGAAUUUUUUGGUUUUUUGCAUAAAACGAUUGUGCAACAUUGCAGAAGAGGAGAAACGACAAGAAGGGACAAGAAAGAAUUGGCCAAAUUGCUUUUUUUUUGUCGUUACUGUCGGAGGGCUGUCCAGGCACUCCACUUCCUCUCCUGGUGUAUAAUUUGCGAUCCAAUAUGACGGAGUAUAGGACAUUAGAAGUUUGAACGAGGCCAUUUUCUUUCCAAUUCUCUCAUUUAUUUCACCUGGUCUGCUUCGUCUUCCCCUGUAUGUGAGAACCAGACGUGUGUGAGUUUGGUCAUGCCCAGAAAAAAAAAAAAAGCGGCGUGAAUGAAACACUAGUGCUCACCCUCUCAACACUAAGCUACCAGUCAGUCUGUUAUACUGAGAUCUUGUCCUACUUAUAUCUGUUUUAUAUUUAGUUAUAAGAAGCAGAAAAAUGCAUGUUGCCUGUUUACACUGCGUCCUGAUGCCAGAUGUGCAGAUAUUUAUUUUAAUCCACAGCCAACUCCGUGUAUUGAAGAAACAUUGUGUGCUUUGUAAAACGGAACAUCGUCCGUCAUAUUUAGGUUCACCUACUGCCAUUUUAGUAGAUGUAGGGGGAGAAAAGCAUGGCAGCACACAUCGUGCGUAAAUCCAUGUCACAGCAUCCUCACACACUGAAGGUUACGUCAUAGAUUGUAUACAUGAAUGAAGACAGAGGUUUAGAAUUGUAUGUUUUUAGUUUUAUUUACUGAUGUUUGAACUGUGGCCAAAUAAUAAUAAUAAUGCCCCCGGUAAAGAUGUGAUUAAAAAAACAAACAAACAAAUUAAUCAAUCUUUCAAAUUUCAUAAUUUAUAUAAAUUUAAUUUAUAUAAAAUAAAAUGUAGCUGAAGAAUCUCCUAAUAUACAUGCAUAUAUUUCAAGUUAAACACUUUCUAGGAAUGUUUCAUUACUAACCCGUGACUUUAGGCUUCUUCGAUGUGUGAAUAUCAUCCACCCAUCCCUUACACUUGCCUGUUUGCAGCGGGGCCGGAGCUUUUCUAGUGGUUAAUUGACAGGUGGUACAGUGGCGCAACACCCAUGCAUGCACACGCACACACACACACGCCCAUGCCUGCGUGCACACACACACACACGCCCACACACACACACACACACAUACGCUGACCUGAGGUCAGUUUAGUAAGACUAAUUACCCUGACAGGAAUACUUUUGAACUGCGAAAGGAAGCCAGGGUAUCCGGACAAAAACUCCUUGCGGAAAGACUCAAAAACUGUCAUUUGGGACUCUUUAAAAUGUAAAGUACAAGAAAAGAAGCCACUCCAAUGAGACAGAUGCGUUGACAUUUAAUAAUAGUAAUUUGAGAGCAGUAGUAAAAUGUGUCAUCUUUGGGUCCUAAAGAUGUAUUUCAUUUGUACACAUCUUUACCAGGGAUGCCAAUGCUUGUGUAGGGUGCAUCUUAUGGACAAAAGGCUGUACCUGUAGCGCCAGAAACUGUUGUCAUUUCAUACUUUAUGCCAUUCUUCUUGUAGUUAAGUAUCUCAAUAAGAACUUCUUAAUUUUUCUUUAGAAUUAAUCUACACUUUUUACUUAAUAUCUGAACCACUCACACACAAUCUCCCUGUUAUUACACCUUUGAAAAUAAGGAUCCUCAUGUCCCGGUCAGAUUGAAAAAAAAAAAGUAGAUGGGAACCAAUGUGUUAACACUGCAGUGUUUUUUUUUUUUUUGUUUAAACUUUGGAAAGUCUAAACUUGUUACACCUUCUUUAGUUAUUCCAACUAUUCAGCUGGUAUGUUUUAGGUUGAACUCCAUAUAGGUCCAAACUAAUCCUGUUAUUUUUAGGGUUUUUACACUUUAAUACAAAAAAAAUCUACGAAGCAGCAGGAACAAAAGCAACAGGAUAGUCGUUGACUCACUGAAUGGAGAUGGUGUGUACUGUACAUAUACAAAUACAUUAAGUUAUGGUACUGUAUAGUGUAAAAAUAGAGAAAAUUGUAUUUUGUUUUUUAUUGCACCUUUUUUUCCUUUGCAUAUCUUUGUUUGAUUAAGCCAUCCUAAUGACAUUAUCAGGUGUUACGGGUAGAGAUAAUCUAAAGGACUGUUAGCUACUAAUAACAAAAGAUGACAGGAGAGACAAAUUGUUUCUUUGACAAUGGCGCCUUCUCUGGUUAAAAAUAAUUUUUAAAAAGCCUUAAAAUGAUUUUGUUUUUAUUGAAAUAGCAUAUUCUACCACAGAAAAUUACUGGUGUACUUCUUUUAAAAGCCUUACAGUUUUCUUUUAGUGAAGCACAUUGUAUCUGCUAUUAGCUGAUGUGUUAUUUAGCAUUUCACCAUUUGGUUGAGCAGAUAGCAGGGAUGGAGCGCAGGACUGAAGGCUAAUUGUAACGGAGAAGCAAUGUCAGCUUCACAGUGUAGAAAGAUUGGGGAAAUAUAUUGCAUAUCAGUAAAUAUCAGUUAUUGACCUUAACAGCAAUCGGUCAUAUCAGUGCAUCCACAAUCUGUUUUACCUUCUUUCUGAUCACUGGGCAUUGUGACAACAUAAACUUGCUUUCUUGUACAACCUUUUUAACUUUAGUUUUCCUUUUUUUUUUUUCAAAGCUUUAAUAGCUGUUCUGACUGCAGAUGUGGAUGAGAAGCUAUAUUCUUGUAGUAAUUUCCUGACUUAUGUCGAUUAACACAUUUGUCUUUCUGAAAUUGCGAGCUUUCUUAUCUUUCCAGUUUAAUGAGGGAAAUGGCCGCCUGCUGCACAUUUUAUACAGUGGGGAAACAGGAAGUCAUUCAUUACUAACAAAAGUUGCAAGACAACUGAUUAAAUGAAGAAAGCAAAGUGUGCAUUAAGUACUUCCUAUCAUGCAAUGUUUUUCCCGACUGAAUAAAAGUUUUCAAAUUAAAAAUAGUACAUUGAAUUUAGUUGGAAAUUUUACUUCUGUGAUAAAAGAUGAGUCGAUUUUAAGGCUUUUUACUAAUGAAAAGGAGAGGGGGUGCCAUAUGCUACUUUUCCAUCUAGAUCAGGGGUAGGGAACUCCAGGCCUCGAGAGCCGCUCUCCUGC